AGAGGAAAAGAACAACCACCUCUCUUUCUCUCUCUCUCUCUCUCUCUCUCUACACUUCUCUCUAUAUCUCUUCUCUCUCUGACCCACUCUUAGAAGAGUAGAUUUUCCACGCUCUCCGAGAAACGAUAACAGAGUGUGUUAGAGAGAGAAGCAGAGACCCCCAACAGCUCAAAUCCCCUUCUUUUUAGAUCCUCAACUUCUCCAAAAAGCCCCACAAAAUCUCACCUGGCAAUGGCUUCGAGGAUCAAGAAUCCACAAGAUCUAAGCAAAUCUCCGAUGCCCAUUUGAGUUCUUGGAUUGAUUGGCUCCUCAGAUUUCCGUUUCUCCUCUUUCGUUUUUUUUGUUUUUUUUUGGCGCUUCUUCUAUCCCCUGCUCUGCUCUGCUCUGGUUAUGAUGGAAACAGAGAGGAGGUGUCAUCAGAAGCACAGAUGCAAACACUGCGGGAAGAGCUUCCCUUCGGGGAGGUCACUGGGGGGCCACAUGAGGUGCCACGCCCCCCCUGCAGCCCCGGCGACCGCCUCCCCUGCUUCGGAGCCCGACGAUAAGCCGCAGAGCGGCCGCAGCGUCGUCGGCGUCUUCUCCCCGGCUUACGGCCUGCGACAGAACCCCAAGAAGACGUGGUGGAUAUCGGCCGACAACGUUCCUGCGCACGGCGGCGCCAACAAGUCCUGCAGGGAAUGCGGUAAGCGCUUCGCCUCUUGGAAGUCUCUGUUCGGCCACAUGAGGAGCCAUUCUCUGAAGCAAUUGAGCACAAUUGAGCAAGAAGAAGAAGAAGAACAAGAAGAAGAAGAAGAAGAAGAAGAAGAGCAACAACAGCAACAGCAACAGCAACAGGAACAGGAACAGCAGAGCAAAGCAGAGGAGGAGGAGGAGGCCUCUCGGAGCCGAUCGGAUACCGUGUUCGGUAACGUGCACGUGCCGAGGAAGAGGAGGAGAUCGAGAAGGGCCAUUGCCUCGUGCUCGGUUUCGGCAUCGGAGGAGUACGAGAAAGAGGACGAGGAAGGGGCCAUCACGCUACUCAUGCUCUCCAGAGAUGUGAGGUGUUGGAGCAGUGGCGGUGGCGGUGCCGGCUUAAUCCACUGUGUUCAAGAGUCAUCUGAUAAGAACUCUGUGGUUGUGGAGAACAAGAGGGUGGAUUUGGCUUCUGACGAGAGCGAAGAGACGAAGAAGGCGAAGAGAACGCGGAGAUCUCAGCUGGAUGAUUUGAGAAAUGGGCGUCGGAGUAGAGGGAUCGAGAAGGUGGAAGAAUCUGAUGCUUCCGACAAUGGAUUAAUCGGAGAUCAUGGAUUUGAGCAAUUCGACGACACCCGCAGGGAUCCGAGUUCGAAUUCCGCUUCCGAAUUCUGGAUCAAGAGGGAGGGAUCCGAACUCGAGGCUUCUCUGCAUGGCGCUUCCAAUGGCGAUUUCGACGACGAUAAAUUGGCGGAGAAGAGACGGAGGAAGAGCAGAUCAUUCGAGUGCGUGGACUGCGACAAGGCCUUCCACUCCUACCAAGCUCUCGGUGGCCACAGAGCAAGCCACCACAAGAGGAUUGAUCAGAACGCAGAUCUCAUAGCGCGCCGCGGUGGAUCGGGGAAGAAGGCGGCGGAUCACGAGUGCUUGAUCUGCGGCAGGAGCUUCGCGUCGGGGCAAGCAUUGGGAGGCCACAAGAAGUCCCAUUUGGGCUUAAUUCAGCAGCAGAAGCUGCCCGAGAAGCCGGACGCGCUGCUGGAUCUCAACAUUCCGGCUUCGACUACGGAGGGGGACUGCGUUAGUACGAACAACGGGUCGAUUCUGAGCUCCAUUUAUGGCGGAUUGGCGGAAGCAGCAUGCAGCAUGCAGCAUGAGCCAUUAGUGGGUGUGCUCUCAAAUUGAUCGACGAAGCGCUUUCCGAAGCGGUGUGUAUAGAAUCAUUUCCUAAUUUCCUCCACCUGGAUUCAACAGUGAGGUAAAAGAUCCAUCUCAUGAUCUCCUCCUAGUUUGUUUUCUUUCUCUGAGAACACUCUCUCUUCUUCUUCUUCUUCUUCUUCUUCUUCUUUUUUGUUUUUCUUUUUUGAGAUACUCAUAACAAAUUUGAUGAUUGAGGUGUUGGUAAAGCACAAUGUUGGAUAGUUCUGGAGCUCACUGAUUUGUUUUGUGACCGCUAGUUUACCGAAAAUGGAUUCUUUUUGAGUUUUUUUUUGUUUUUCUCUUUCUCUUUUUUUCCUGAGAUAUACUCAAUUGUAUUUUGUCAAGGAGUUCAAUAGUUCAUUGGAGAAAUUGAUUCUUUCUUUUACCCUUA